AUGGAUGCCUUGCUAGUGAAGGAAGUGAUUGGAGCGAGGAGUUUGGUGAUUGUGACAUCCAGGGACAAGGGUGUUCUCACAAGCUACGGAGUUGUGUUAUUUCACGAGGCAAAAGGAAUGGGAGAGUCGCAUGCCAGAGAGCUCUUCUGCAGGCACGCUUUUCUACUGCCCUAUCCGCAACAGGGAUUCGAAGCUCUUGUCGAAAGUUCUUUUAUUGCAUGCUCUGGUUUACCACUUUCCCUGAAGGUCAUUGGAUCAUUUCUCCAUAAAAAGAACAUUGCCUUUUGGAAUGGAACGCUGGAGAAAAUUGGCAAGCAUAUUUUAAAUAAGGAUAUAAUAGAUAUACUUAAGCUCAGCUACGAUGUCCUUGACAGAAAGGAGAAGGAGAUAUUCCUCGACAUUGCUUGGUUUUUUGCGGGAGAAGAGAAAAAUAUGCUUAUGAAAAUAUGGGAUGGAUCGGGGUGGAGUAGUUUGCAGAGUCUUGAGAGCCUUGAGCAAAAAUGCCUUUAUCGAAUUUGUUCAUGA